AAAACUCUCCGCCGCUGCGGCCUAGCGCUCCCGGUUGCCGUUUCCUGUCAUUUUUUCACUCAUGUUCGUCUGUCCGAACCCAAACCGAGCGGUACCCGCUGCCGUAUGAGCCGCUGAACACGGCACUGUCGAUUUAAACGGAGUUUAUACCCGGAAAGUGAGUAAAACUACAGUAAACGGAGCGAGGGAGCGAUGACAUCCCGAAGGUGGUUCCACCCCAACAUCACUGGAGUGGAGGCAGAGAAUCUCCUUCUCACUCGGGGUGUGGAUGGCAGUUUUCUGGCCCGUCCCAGCAAAAGCAACCCUGGAGACUUUACACUUUCUGUCAGGCGAAAUGGCGCUGUCACACACAUUAAGAUUCAAAACACAGGAGACUAUUACGACCUGUAUGGUGGAGAGAAGUUUGCCACUCUUGCUGAGCUGGUCCAGUAUUACAUGGAGCAUCAUGGACAGCUGAAAGAGAAAAACGGAGACGUCAUUGAGCUGAAAUACCCUCUGAACUGUGCCGAUCCCACCUCCGAGAGGUGGUUUCAUGGUCACCUCUCUGGUCGUGAAGCUGAGAAGCUGUUGACAGAGAAGGGCAAGAACGGAAGUUUCCUGGUGAGAGAAAGUCAGAGUCACCCAGGAGAUUUUGUGCUCUCCGUACGAACUGGAGAUGACAAGACGGACACCAGCGAUGGCAAACCCAAAGUCACACACGUCAUGAUACGCUGCCAGCAUGACCUGAAGUAUGAUGUUGGAGGUGGGGAGAAAUUUGACUCGCUCACGGAUCUCGUGGAGCACUACAAGAAAAACCCUAUGGUGGAAACACUGGGGACAGUCCUGCAGCUCAAACAGCCUCUGAACACGACACGCAUCAAUGCAGCAGAGAUCGAAAGUCGAGUACGAGAGCUCAGCAAGCUUGCAGAGGCCACAGAUAAAGUCAAGCAGGGAUUCUGGGAGGAGUUUGAGACGCUUCAGCAACAGGAAUGUAAACUCCUCUACAGUCGCAAAGAGGGUCAGCGACCAGAAAACAAAAACAAGAACAGAUAUAAGAACAUUCUUCCCUUCGACCACACUCGAGUCGUGCUCACUGACGGCGAUGUGAAUGAACAAGGUUCUGACUACAUCAACGCCAACCUCAUUAUGCCUGAUAAUGAGGCUAAAAGCAACAAUUCCAAGUUGAAGAGGAGCUACAUUGCCACACAAGGCUGCCUGCAGAACACCAUCAGUGAUUUCUGGAGGAUGGUGUUUCAGGAAAACUCUCGAGUCAUCGUCAUGACCACAAAAGAAGUGGAACGGGGAAAGAGUAAGUGUGUGAAGUAUUGGCCUGAUGUGUCUGCACUGAAGGAGUACGGAGCCAUGCGUGUGCGCAAUGUUAAGGAAACAAUGGCGCACGAUUACAUCCUGCGAGAGCUGAAGCUGUCUAAAGUUGGACAGGGAAAUACAGAGCGUACAGUUUGGCAGUACCAUUUCCGUGCCUGGCCUGAUCACGGUGUGCCUGGAGACCCUGGUGGUGUCUUGGACUUCCUGGAAGAGGUCAAAUUGAAGCAGGAGGGCAUAACUGGGGCUGGACCCAUCGUGGUGCACUGCAGUGCUGGAAUUGGACGAACAGGAACGUUUAUCGUGAUUGAUAUAUUAAUAGACAUCAUCAGAGAAAAGGGGGUGGACUGCGAUAUCGAUGUGCCCAAGACUAUCCAGAUGGUGCGAUCUCAGCGUUCAGGAAUGGUACAGACUGAAGCACAGUAUCGCUUCAUCUACAUGGCCGUACAGCAUUAUAUUGAGACUCUGCAGCGCCGCAUAGAGGAGGAGCAGAAAAGUAAAAUUAAAGGACGAGAGUACACCAACAUCAAAUAUUCUCUCUCUGACCUGAGUGGAGGAGAUCAGAGCCCUCUGCCGCCCUGCACACCAACACCAACCUGUGCCGACAUGAGGGACGACAGCUCUCGAGUCUAUGAGAACGUGGGUCUCAUGCAGCAGCAGAAGAGUCACAGAUGAGACCCUGAUCCCAGCACUGUCCAAAUCACAGGAACUGUUUUUGUUGUUGCCAGACGCUCCCGAACACCUGAGAAGUGAUCAUGACUAAACCGAGAGAUGAAAAAAAAAAAGCCACAAAAAAAA